AUGGAAACGCCUUAUCAUGUGCCGAUGGGCUCCGUCCCCGCUCACACCUACAUCUACGAAGUAGACUUUCAACAACAGCAACAGCAACAACAACAACAACGACCGACCGUUGGCCAAUAUGUCUCGCACCCGGCUGAGAUGCCAGCCUUCCACGCUCCCAUGCCCGUCUACCCCCAGCAGCAGCCCAUUUUCACCGCUCACAAGAACCCGCUGCACUCGCACAUGAGCAUGACCCCCAUUGCUUCGCCGCAACCGACACACCUCAAACCGUCCAUCAUGGUGCAACACGACUCGCCUGCCCUGCUUCCCCUCGACACGCGGUUCGUCAAUGCCGACUUCUACGGGUUUCCCUCGACGCCGCCUCUGUCGGCCUCGGGCAGCACCAUUAGCAGCCCGCCCUCGACCUGUGGCAUGAUCCAUACCCCCGUCAACGGCUCGUUUUCCGGCUUUGAGAACUUGGAAGGUGUCAAGGAAGGCUGCGAAUCGGACGUGCACGCCGAGCUUUUGGCCAAGCCUGAAUGGGGACGUUCCGACUCUCCUCCGCUCACACCAGUGUUUAUCCACCCGCCCGCCGUAACCGCCAACCAACCCGAGCUGCUUUCCGCCAGCGCCUCGUGUCCAUCCCUGUCUCCGUCUCCCUCGCCUGGGCCCUCUGCGCUCAUCUCCCAGCACUCGUCCUUUGCUGCUGCCGAGCCUGCAAGCUCCAACUUUUGCGAUCCUCGCGAACUGACCGUCGACUCGACCCUCGCUUGUGCCACCCCCACCGACUUCCCUCCCUUGCCUGCUCUGCCGACUGGCGACGAGGAAGAGCAAAGGCUGCUCCUGGGCGGUGGAAACCUGACCCUGUCCAAUGACGCGUCUGCAACUUCAUUUUCCACCUGCUCCGAAGCUACUUUGACCACCCUGCCCAAGUUUGACAGCUUUUCGGACUUGGAUUCGGACGAGGAGUUUGUGACCGGCCUGGUCGAUUUUGCUCCAUCCGCCUCGAGCUCGUUCUACCUGGGCGACAAGCGACAACGCAUUGAUCCUUACACCUUGGACGAGGACGGCUUCCUCAGCGAACAGAGCUUCGACGACUUGGACGAGGAGGACACCGUGGCAUAUUCUGGUUUGCCUGACCUCAGUUUUGGAGAUAGCCCUACCGACGACAGUGCUUCAGAGGAGAUGCAAUCCAAGAAGCGUACCAAGAAGUCCAGCCUGCAGGAGCCUCUGUCUCCCGAGUCUGACACUUCGGACUUUUUCGGACAAGAUAUCCCCGUCAACACCCACGGCAAUGCUAGCCAGAGCCAGAAGAAGUCGGCGCAGGGCAGCGGUGCUUCAAGCGCCAAGGGUGACUCUGGCGCUGCUUCCAGUGCUUCCGAAGGCUCGGCCUCGAUCCCCGUGAGCCGCCGGGGUCGCAAGCAGUCCCUGACUGACGACCCAUCUAAGACAUUUGUGUGCAACCUGUGCUCGCGCCGCUUCCGCCGUCAAGAGCACCUGAAGCGUCACUACCGCUCGCUUCACACACAAGACAAGCCCUUUGAGUGCCACGAGUGCGGCAAGAAGUUCUCCCGCAGCGACAACUUGGCUCAACACGCGAGAACUCACGGCAACGGCGCUGUUGUCAUGACUGUUUUGGAAGACGGCAGCGAUGUCACUGUGCAAACAUACGACGAAGACGCCGGAGCCCUCGGCACCACCCUGUACGAGGCUGCCAACGCCGCAGCCACCCACUCCACCACGAGCGAGUCGGCGUCGAGCACCGCGUCCGACUCACCCACCUCUGCAGAGCGCCGACCUCUGAAGAAGCGCAAGCGUGAAGAAUCUGCCUAA